AUGGAAGUUGCACCUGCGAGAUCAUACCAAGGGGGGAUAUCAGAAAGGGGUAUGGAAUCAACUAGAGAGAUCGGAUCUGCCCAACUAGAUCCGUUUUCCUUGCUUGAGGGCGAUAAAGCGUUAUUCUUACAGGAGGGAAGACAGACAGAAGCUAUGGCCAUCAAUCCCGCCGAGGGACAACAAAGCAACCAACCAAACAGUGCAAACAUCAGGUUCCGGUUCUCAAGGCAACGCGGGGUCGUGAUGACUCAUCUCAUCCCACAGUUAACUAGUGCGCCUUCUGGGACGCUGACGGGAGCUGCUAAUGCUAGACGAGGCAUUAUUCUGAUCAUUCCCAGUCCUCAGGUUGCACUUCCCCGAUGUUUGGCUACUAGCUUAAGGCAGGAGCAUGCACAUGUAUGGAUGUCCAAGGAGGACCCAUACGGAAAACCAGAACUCAUAGCAUCAAGCACUCCGCACGGGUCAAUCGGCACGACGGUUGCACUAGCUGGACCCAUGGGCGCUAUCUUCCUCAAUCCUGGAUGGAUUUGA